AGUUGCCAUGGUGAUUGCACAGCAUUACCAGCCUCAACAGAUUACACCCAUUUAUAUCCUCAACCCCGCUACUUACGAUCAUGGCUUCAGUUUUGGAUGCACUUUGGGAGGACCGAGAUGUCAGAUUCGACAUUACAGCGCAGCAGAUGAAAACUCGACCAGGCGAAGUUCUUAUCGACUGUCUGGACUCGAUAGAAGACACCAAAGGAAACAACGGAGAUAGAGGGCGCCUGUUGGUGACGAAUCUGAGAAUAAUCUGGCAUUCUCUUGCUUUACCAAGAGUCAAUCUUUCCGUUGGCUACAACUCCAUCAUUAACAUCACAACAAGGACGGCCAACUCUAAAUUAAGGGGCCAGACUGAAGCCCUUUACAUCCUGACAAAGUCGAACAACACGCGUUUUGAGUUCAUCUUCACAAAUGUGGUUCCUGGCAGUCCACGGCUUUUUACUUCAGUCAUUGCUGUUCACCGGGCCUAUGAGACCUCCAAGAUGUACAGGGACCUGAAGUUGCGAGCUGCUCUAAUUCAAAACAAGCAGCUGAGACUGUUACCGCGUGAGCAGGUUUACGACAAAAUUAAUGGCGUGUGGAAUCUGUCAAGUGAUCAGGGCAAUCUCGGGACCUUCUUCAUCACCAACGUUCGGAUUGUGUGGCACGCUAACAUGAAUGAGAGCUUCAACGUCAGCAUCCCGUACCUCCAGAUUUGGUCCAUCCGGAUAAGAGACUCCAAGUUCGGUUUGGCUUUGGUGAUAGAAAGUUCCCGUCAGAGUGGAGGCUACGUGCUGGGAUUUAAGAUUGACCCCGUGGAUAAGCUUCAAGAUGCCCUGAAGGAAAUCAACUCCUUACACAAGGUUUACUCCGCCAACCCCAUCUUUGGAGUGGACUAUGAGAUGGAGGAAAAGCCUCAGCCGUUGGAGGAGCUGACUGUGGAACAAGCCCCUGAUGAUGUGGAAAUUGAACCCGAUGAGCAGACGGACGCAUUUACGGCAUACUUUGCUGAUAGCAACAAGCAACAAGAUCGGGAGCCUGUUUUUUCAGAGGAGCUGGGUCUGGCUAUUGAAAAACUGAGGGAUGGCUUCACACUUCAAGGACUUUGGGAAGUUAUGAGUUGAACUGUUUAUAAAAUCUAGAUAUUUGUAUAGAAUGAAUGUUGUUUCAUAACAAUCAGAUGUAGAGUUGUACAGUUAUUUAUUCUUGUUCCUGUGUUUGAUCAGAGGUACGUAAAUCGGAGGUUGUCGUUUGAAUAAAUAAGUCCAUGUUA